AUGCUGAGUUAGUUACUACUACAGUCGAAAUUUCACUACCGUACGCUAGUGAUUUUCACAUUCAUUUACGACAGGAUGCUUUGAUGCGUAUGGUGGUUCCACGUAUUUUGGAGGGUGGUGUGUCUUUGUGUUAUGUUAUGCCAAACCUCAAACCACCAAUAAAAACCACAGAACAAGCAUUAUUCUAUAAGGCACAAUUGGAGAAACUCGCACCAUCGGUGACCUUUCUGAUGUCGUUGUACCUGAGUCCUGAUUUGACACCAGAAGAGAUUAAAAAUGCGAAACGACAUGGAAUUGUUGGAGUGAAAUCUUAUCCGCGCGGUGUCACCACAAACUCCGAUUCGGGGAUCGAAUCAUAUACUGCGUAUUAUCCAGUGUUCAAGGCGAUGGAGGCAGAAGGUAUGAUAUUAAACUUGCAUGGAGAAAUUCCUAGCGACUAUGACAAGGAUGUAUGCGUGUUAAACGCUGAAGAAAAAUUUCUGGUACAUUUGAAACAGAUACAUGCCGAUUUUCCGAAUCUGAAAAUCGUUUUAGAACAUGCUACGACAAAAGCUGCCGUUGAUAUGGUUAAAUCUCUUGGUGAUACAGUUGGCUGUACAAUCACAGUACACCACCUACAAUUAGUGGUUGAUGAUUGGGCAGGACAGUCGCAUAAUUUCUGUAAGCCGGUUGCAAAAUAUCCGCAUGAUCGUCAGGCAUUACGUGACGUGAUUGCAGAAGGACAUCCACGGUUCUUUCUCGGAACUGAUUCAGCACCACAUCCAGCAUGCCUAAAAGAAUGUGCACAAGCAUGCGCUGGAGUAUUUACCACUCCAUUGGCAAUACCAUACUUGGCUACUAUCCUCGAAUCUUUUGGUGCGCUUGAUAAAAUUCAAGGGUUUGCUUGUGAGUUUGGGAAACGGUUUUACGGUGUCGAAGAGAAAAAGUAUCAUCACGAAAUGGGCAAAGAACGAAAAAUCAAAUUAAUUAGAGAAACCUGGUCCGUACCUGAUCGUUUUAUUUAUGAACACGAAAAGGAGAGCGAACCGGAUUUCGUGGUGCCUUUUUGGGCGGGAAAGAUUUUGACUUGGAAGAUUAAUCGAUAG